UUAAAAGGAAAAGUAAGAUCUAAAUAUAACCGUUUCCGCACCUUGUUAAUUUAAUAACACCACUAAGGAAGAAACAUUGGUGCAGUUAAAACGCUUGGCAAAAUGAUUGAGUACUGUGUGUUAACAAGUGAACAUCAUUGGACAAUAGUUUACAAUCACACAUCUUGGUGUUUUUUUCUGGAAUCGCCAUUGGUUAAGGAAGAAACAUAUCUGUCGACUACGCUUAAACACUGGUUUUCAUCAUUAAACAUUAACGAUUACAGUUUUGACUUGUUCUAUGCGGAUGUGAUUAUUCGAAGUUAAUUUGUGUUCACGUUUAUUGUGAAAUAUGAACUACAUAACAGUUACUGUACUUCUUAACGGAAUAACGUUCGUAUUGUGUGACUGUGACAGCCUGCCGGUCGUGGAGAAUUCAUCCAACAAUGCCACAAUGCAGGGCACAUACCCAGUUGGCUAUACUGUGCGAUAUGAGUGUAAUGUGGGGCAUGAGCCAGACGGGACUGUCGUGAUUGUGUGCGGUGGCGGGGGCUGGAUCGGGGAGCUGCGGUGUCGGGAGGUCUUCUGCCCAGCUCUAAACCCACCAGACAACGGAAGGAUUAUAGGCUCCCCUUCGUACAAAGUUGGCAGCUUUAUUACUUUCGAGUGCAAUGAGGGUUAUGAAUUGAAAGGAUCCAGCCAAUUACUCUGCCGAACUAACUUACAAUUUGACAGUUUGCCUCCAGUAUGCAAAGUGAAAAUGUGUCCAGAAUUUGGGCCUGUUGAGAAUGGCAGGACUUUUCAAGAAAAUGCUGGAGGUAUAGAAAAUGACUACGAAAGUGUAAUUAAAGUCACCUGUAACUCAGGCUAUAUCAUACAUGGAACCUCUCAUGUGACGUGCCGGGAAGAUGGGACUUGGAGCAAUAGACCAACAUGUAAGGGAAUUUCGUGUACACCAUUCAAAGGUAUGAAUGCAACCUGUAUUGACAAGUUCUUACUCUACAGUACUUUGUACUACAUGACCUGCAGUGAUGCUCCUAACACCAGAGUUGCCGGGACGACUGAAGAUGAGCCGAACGUUUGCCAGAAUGAUGGAUCAUGGCAGUUUCAGGAGUUUGCUUGCUACUGCAGCUGUAACCUGACCAAUUACGACGGAAACAUCAUGACGAUCGACAAUCUGGUACAGGGAUACCUGCCCCACGGGAAGGUGCUGCAGUGGUCGUGUAAGCACGGCUGCACCAAAAACACAACUGACGAUCUACGGUGUCUUGACGGAGAGAUGGCCAUGCCGCAGUGUGACUGUCCCUUCACCACCACAAUGACAACACCUGUCAGAAAAGAUAUGACACCCGAUGGCAAAAUGAAUGGAAACUCUCCAAUGAGCUCGAAGCCUGCCGCCUUUCCAGUGUGGGCCAUCAUCCUCAUUGUUUCAGUAGGGGUCAUUGGAAUCGUGGGCAUUGGAAUAUUUGCUUAUCAGAAGUUGGUUAAUACAAGUCACAAUGUAGAUCAUUUAAGAGAUAUUGGAGAUAAUGCUAAAGCGGCAGUGAAAACAAAUGAUGCGAGUAUCUAUAUAAAUGGAUAAGACGAUUCUAAAGAGCAUCUGAAUCAACAAACUAAAAGGAGGUAUAAACUUUUUAGUCCGUGAGUCAUAGUGACAUUUAGCUAAAAAUCUGCGACUUCCAAUAAUUUUCUAAUUAGGUAUUGAUUGCGUUACUUGUACUGAGUAUUUUCAACAUUUAAAAAAGGACUUCAGCAAUAUCAUGUUAAAGUACAUUCAUCUUUCAACUAUGCAUGCUUGUCUUAUUGAUAAAAAAAACCCAUGUGUUCAAGGGUUUAAGCAUGGUGUUGUUCAAGAGCUUUAAGCAUUGUAUUGAUCUCAAAAUAUAGUUAAGACAUGUCCCCUGUUCAUUAUGUUAGGAGAGCGCGCAUCCGGUUAAUGUUGAACCUGUAUUAUUAUCUGAUGAUUAUAUUUCUGAUAUACAAAUUAUGGCCCUUUGUCUUAACAAUAUUUACAAGCUUCAUGGGAAGAAAGGAAAGGUCUCCAUGGAAAUAUGUUAGAUACUGAAAGCUAUCUGUACAGACAGGCCAAAAUACUAAUGACUAUCUAUACAACGUGGCCGUCCGGGGGCAUUUGUCGCAUUUCGGUGACAUUACUUUAUAGUAUUGCUCGCAAUAUAUUUCUUGUCCCGUAGUGCUAGUAAGAAGACGUUAAUAUUUAGACCACUGCAUUAAUCCUUACAAUGAUUUUUAACUGUGAUAAUGUAAAUAAUACAUGUUUCGUGCUUUAAUUAUUUCUUUUCAUACUUGGUUAAAGUAGUUUGCGAUGAGUGAGUUGCUAAAAGGAUUUAAAUAAACAAUUGUUCGAUGUUACUUGUGUUUUUGCACUUUCAUAAAUAUGCAAAAUAAACGUACAUAACAAUAAAACAUUGCAGAAAUAAACCACAGUUUAACAUCAUCAUGUACAUAGAAAUAAAAUGUAUGUAACCUUUUUUCAAAGUGCAUGUUGAAAAGAAUAUCAUAGACUCCAUCAAACCGGACUGAAAAUUAGAAAAAAAUAAAAAAACUCAAGUUGAAUACCAAUGAGUUUGUUUCAAUGCACAGAACAUGAGAUUUGUCCGUUUCAGUUAGUUUAUCCAAUUAUUUUGCACAUACUCGUAUAAGCUGUUUUUAACAUGAAGCCUCAGGCCAGACUCGUAUUAGCAUUAUACAAAUGAUCUACAGAGUGCUUUUAUUCAAGUGAUGGUUGAAACGUAAUUGAAUCUGAGCUGUUUUCAAUUUAAUUGGAGAGCUCUACAACAAUUUGAAGAUUUCUUCAAUUAUUCAAGCUUAUAUAGAGUUGGUAUUUGGCGGUACCUAACACUUCUUGAUAAACACACCUAGAAUUUGUAUAUAGUAUAUAUAUAUGCAAUGUGUUGUUCGUGGAGUUUUGUGUUGUUGUUCCAUGUUUCUUGUUUGAGAUUUUUUGUUGUUGUUUUUGUCUACUGAGCUUGUAGUAGUUUCUUUCACAUUUGAAUGUAAUAUUGUAUUGAUAUUUGGUUCUUAAGAUUAAUUGAAUGGUUCAUUAUUUGUUUGCAUGAUUAUUGAUUAUUAUGACCUAAUAAAAUGCACAUACAA